AUGUGGAAGAAAUGGAACGCCGUGAAAGAGAACGAGAACGUAGACGCGAACGUAGAAGACAGGAGGAUCAACAGUUUGAUGAGGAACGGGACAAACGAAGACGAUCAAGGCGAAGCAGGAGCAGGAGUCGUGAGAAAAAACGCGAUGAUCGCUCGCUGCGAAGAGGUCGCGAAUACAGAUAAUGAGAAAAAUGUUGUUAACCGGUUUUCCUACUGA